AUGGCAUUUUUCACGUCUUUGUUUUCUUGCUGUGCAUCUCAAUCUGUCUCCGAAAAGGCUGAAGCAGAAAUUCGCCAUGCCCGCAUAGUCUCCGCAGUUCAGCAGCACAAUGCCACCGUCAGCCGCCCUCGUUCACGCCCGCAGUCCCGGCGAUACCAGGAUAGUCCGCCAGAAUAUGGAGAUAUAGCACAUCAUCCUCUGAUAACGAUUGACGAGAAAAAUGCAGCGGACUUUGACGUCUUUGCAUAUGACGACUAUGUCACAGAAGAUGAGGAUGAAAGCAACAGCCUUCCGCCAUCGAUUUCGCCAAAUUCCUCCGUCAUAUCAAUUCCGAGCACGCGCCUGACCGACCUAACGUCCAUUCCAACAGGCGAGACUAUCUCUGCCCUGGGCAGACCCAGCCUCGACAGAUAUCCCAGUCGAAGCACACGACCACCUUCAUAUUAUAACAGUCCCAGGAGGACGCCCAGCCCGGAUUUAUCUGUUGUCAGAGAUGGAGACGAGGCAAGAGACGAGGUCUGGCUGCACCCGGUGAUGCAGAGCAAUUGGCUUGACGUCUUACAGCAACAUGCGGCGAGGAGAGCCGCCGGCUCCAAUGAAAGGUCCACUGGGAACCGGUGA